UUAAAUAUUAUAUAAAUACUAAUGUCCAUUCAAAAUCCAGUGCCAAAAUUGUAUAAAAGUAUAGUGGAUGAUGUGAUUCAUAGCUGUAGAGAUAUUUUUUUGGAUGAUGGAAUUGAUGAACAGAUACUCCAUGAAUUGCGUCAAUUAUGGGAAACUAAACUAAGCCAUUCGAAAGCUGUGGACAAUAUGUUACUUGAGCCUGAACAUGUUAUCUCUACACAAAUCGCUAUUCAACAACAGCAAGCUCAACAACAUGCUGCAAAAAUUGCUGCUGCUGCUUUUCUAUUACAAAACAAUGCUUUAUAUCAACAGUCAUAUAUUAAUCAAAAUUUUCACCCAAUAAAUAAUGAUAUUAGUUCAUCUGCAGCGGCAGCAGCUUUCGCCAUUCCUUCUCAAUUAUAUCAACAUUUUCACAACGUUAUCGGAAAUUCGUCAGCCUUAUUUAAAAAUCAAAGUAGUACUACGAACACAAAAAAAACUAUAGCGCCAUCUACGGUCUCUAUCAGCGAUGGCAACAGUAAAACGACCCACAUCGUUCAAAUAGAUGGCAAAUACGAUGACAACGAAGAGGACGAGUUUGAUGAACUAGAGCCAAGUGGGGAAGUGGGUCUUUAUAAGAAAUUUAAAAAAGCCGGUCGCCCUCUCAAACGUCAAACUCUUGAAAAACAACAACCCAAACAUAAAAAAAUUGUACGCGACAUGAAGAGCAAAAAAAUCCAAUUUGGACUCAAAGUUGAACACGACAACGAGGAAGAUUACAACAGCCAGGAAGAUGUGGAAGUGCAAGUGGACGAGGACGAGAACUUGGAUAUCGACGAGGAUCUACAUAAUGAUGAUCAAGAAGAGGAAGAAUUAGAUGACGAAAUUUUACAGCCCUCCCCCAUGAAUGCUUCCCGCCACCCAUCUUCCUCAGUCGCUUCACAUUCCGAGGAACCUCUUAACUCUGAAGAUGAUGUUAGCGAAGAGGAUCCUACAAAUUUAUUCGAUACAGAAAAUGUAAUUGUAUGCCAAUUCGAAAAGGUAGAUAACUAGAAGUCGCAACAAAUGGAAGUUUUAUUUUAAGGAUGGCAUAAUGAAUGUUAAUGGCAAAGAUUACGUAUUUCAAAGGGCCUUAGGGGAAGCUGAGUGGUAAUGAAUUUGUUGAAGAUUGAAUAUGCUUAAUAUUAUGACGCAAUAUUAUUUAAAAUAAUUAUAUUUAAUAUAAUAAUUCUAAACAACCUUUUUUUAAAUAUAAAUUGAUUGUAUAACUAGUUUUGCUCACUUCUUACUACAUCUAACUAUUUAAUAUAAAUAAAAUCAAUGCUUUAUAAAUUUUCAAAUGGUUUUUCUGUUUACUUGCUGGGUUGGCCGGUGAUUAUCAAUAAAAUAUUGGCUCGAUCUGUUGCCCAAAAAAUAUAAAUCUUAUAUUUCCUUCCUAUUCUUUCUUAUUUGCCUGAUUGAUUAUCACUAUUAUAGAAUAAGUUUAAAUAAUUACAAGAAUUUUAAAAAAAUUAGGAGGUUGGAAAUAUUUAAUAUUUAUUUUUGUAUUUUAUAUUGUAAUUAUUGAAGCGCCGAUUUGAUUUGGAGCUGAUUUUUAAAAACCGAACCGUGAAACCGACAGAAACAUACAUUAUGAGCAACAAUAUUUUUAUAUCAACAAAUUCCAUUUUAAAACGAGUAUUUAAAAAAAAAUUACAUUAUUCUAUAAAAAGGACGUUUUAAUACUCGUUAACGUUAUAAUAAAACUACUUUUUUUAGAACAAUAUUUUGAUUUAUUUUUAUAAUAUAAUAUUCGAUUAUUGUAUGGAUAACUGUAAUAUAUUUUUUUCCAAAGUAAUUUAG